AACCCCCAUUCCCCUCCCAAGCCCCAACCAACCUUUCCUCCCCCAAAACGAUGGCCGAGGUACAGCCGUCGCCGCCGCCGCGCGCAGCCGGCGGCGAUCCCGAGGAUCCGCCCCUGCCGCCGCCGAUGCCUCCGCAGCCGCAGCCACAGCCGCGCGAGGGGGGCGGCAGCCGGUCGGAGGACGAGGAGGAUCCCCCCUCCCCGCCGCUGCCUCAGUCCACCACCGUCCCCAUCUCCAACGCCGCCCAGUACAUCCCGCGCGUCUCGGACCACACGACCAGCGCCGGGGGCGACGGCCGGUCCUGGUACUCUUGGAACGGCCGCACCAAGGACCGCCGCCGCCAAACACCCCCUCCUCCCCAGAGGCAGUACCCGCAGUCGCAGCCGUACCCGCAGGCGCGCCCGCAGCCCCAGCAGUGGGUCACGCCGGAGCCGAAGCCGCGGCCGCAGCUGCCGCACGUGGCGGACUCGCCGCCUGUGCAUCCCGCGCGGGCCGCGCCAUCGACGGUGCCGGCGCCGGGCCCGGUCAGGUCCGUCGAACGGGACCGCCGGGCCGUGCCCGACAUCAUGUACAGGAAACGCCGCACGGCGACGCUGCAGCGCACGGCGCUGUUCGCGCGGCUCGUGGCCGCGGCGCUCUGCCUGGCGGCGCUCGCGGUGCUCGCCGCCGACACCCGCAAGGGCUGGGCCCUCGACUCCUACAGCAACUACACCCAGUUACGGUACUCGGAGGCUAUCAACGUGAUCGGAUUCGUGUACUCGGUGUUCCAGUUCUUUGCACUAGCGUUGCACUUGACGAGAAAGAGACAUUUGAUUCCCCGGCCCAAGGGUGAUUAUUUCGACUUCGCCAUGGAUCAGGUCCUCGCAUACCUCUUGAUAUCAUCAUCGUCAUCAGCAACCGCGCGAGUAAGUGAUUGGAUCGACAACUGGGGGAGCGAUACUUUCCCGAAUAUGGCAAACAGCUCCAUCAUCAUAUCUUUCCUGGCAUUUGUAGUUUUUGCCAUCAACUCCCUCAUCUCUGCGUACAAUCUGUUCCGCCGAGAUCUUUAGCUGCGUCUAACUAUUAUUAACAGUUACAUGUUGUCGAUUUUUCAUUUCUGGACGAAGAUUCCAGUGCAGACUUUGUUGUGUUGUAAAUGUGUAUGAUCGAAUGACUGCAAGUGUUGAGUUUUAAACUUCCAGUAAAGAUAUGCAUGCGUCCAUAGCUGCUGCUGCAUGUUUAUAUGUAAUCUACAAAUUUCUGAAAAUUACAAUAUUGUAGCACCUGUAUUUUGUUCAAGAUAUGUUGUUUUGGACAA